AUGAGUUACGGGUUCGUCGCCCCCCUUGGUCCUGCACCAUACGGACAACAGAAUCCCUUCGACCAGCGGGGCAAUGGUGGAGGACCCAGCUACCGCGAUGAUUAUGGGUCGAACAAUGUCGAAAUGGCGCCGCUCGCCCAGAACGCUGGCUCCUUUGGGGCGGCUACCCCCAACUCAGCUCUGAACGAGAUCUCCGAGAUCAACCAAGGGAUUGACAUGAUCGAUCGGAACCUAGAGCAGUUGAAGAUGCUGCAACAAAGAGCAGUGAACGACUCUGAUACCUCCCCAUCGAGCAACACAAACCGCCAACUCGAUGCUAUCGGCGCCGAGACCAUGGCCCAAUACAGAUCUCUGACAGAGAGAGUACGCUACCUCAAGAGCAAAGCCGAGAACCAACAGAAAUUUGGCCAGCAGGUCCGUCGUGUAGACGGAAGGUUGAAGGAUGCUAUAAGGGCCUACCAGCUGGUCGAGUCGGAUUUCCGCAAGAAGACGCAAGACCAGAUGGCGCGGCAGUACCGCAUUGUGCGGCCAGAUGCUUCCGAAUCCGAAGUGCGAGCUGCUGUUGAUGAUGAGACUGGCGGUCAAGUCUUCCAGCAAGCCUUGAUGCAGAGCAACCGCAGUGGUCAGGCUCAGUCCGUCUUGAACGCCGUCCAGGACCGACACGCGCAGCUGCAGAAGAUCGAACAACAGAUGAUGGAGCUCGUCGAACUGUUCCAGCAAAUGGACACCUUGGUUGUAGAGCAGGAAGCCGCUGUGGAAGUCAUCGAGCAGAAGGGCGAAGAGGUCGUAGAGAACCUCAACAAGGGAAAUGUCGAGAUAGGCACUGCCGUCAACACGGCGCGGGCGACACGGAAGAAGAAGUGGAUCUGCCUGGGUAUCUGUGUUGCCAUUAUUGUCGUCAUCGUGAUCAUUGUUGUGGUUUACUUUCUCACCAAGCCGAAGGCGACGACCAAUAACAACAGUACCAGUACCACACAAAAGCGAAAUCUUCUACAGCCUGACAGUCGAGCAUGGUUCGAAGACGAGGCUGUUCCUUUGAUCGCCUCAAGGAUCAACGCAGAAGCUAAGCGGUGGAUUGCACAAGCCAAGAGACCCAGCAGCGAUACCGAUAUGAUAUCCUAG